GUUCGGGUUAAGAGUAACUGGCAGGAAGUGGCGAUGGAGGUGGAGCGAGCCAUGUCGGAAAAUCCUGCAACAACGGCGGAUGAGGUAUGGGCGGAGCGAAGCAGCAACUUCUUCAAGGCCUUACAGGAACUCAAGAACUUGAGGCCACAACUUUACUCUGCUGCAGAAUGUUCAGAGAAAUCAUACCAAUAUAGCAACCAGAAAGAGAUGGCUAUGGACAACAUACAAGAAUAUGUUGAACGAGCUGUUGUGAGUGCAGUUGAUCACAUAGGAACUGUUGCUUACAAGCUGAACGAAAUGCUGGAGGAAGAAACCUCGGAUAUCUCAACCAUGGAGUUGAUGGUCACACGUUUGGAUCAGCAAAUUUUCACCUGCCAAACAUAUAUUGAUAAAGAAGGUCUCAGGCAGCAGAAGCUGUUAGCAACAAAUCCAAGGCUCCACAAGCAUUAUACUUUACCUGCUUCAGCUGUCAGGAAGAAGGUCGACUCUAGCCAAGAACGCAUUCAAAAGAGUCACACGCAACAUAAAGAUAUCAGGCCCCAAAUCUGUCUAUUAGGUGCCCCUGCUCCUAAAACUCUUUCAUGGCAUCUAGCAUUAGAAGCCAAAUCCAAACUCAGAAGGCCUUCACAGUUCUUAACAAGGACUAGUUUGGAGAUAAGAGGAAGUUGCAUUCAAGCUUCCAUUCACAUGUGAUGAGGAUGCAAAGAUGUCCGGAAGAACAUCUGGUGUACGCAGGACAUCGUCGGAUGUGGGGGAAGAGAUGAGGACAAAGAAAAUACCCUCAUCGUCAACACGGCCUCGGUCACUUGGGGCAGGUCCUGCAUCGAGGGUAGCCAUGCAAACCUUGAGAAUUGAUGCUUCGGAGGGCUAUAAAUUACGUACGACGAGACCAACUCCUUCACCAUUUGGUAACCGCACGCAUGAAGAGAAGGCGGCCAAGGUUGCACCCACUCGCGGCAAGGCUACGGCGGCGGCACUCUCCACUACUUUCUCUGCGGUCAAAGAGAAAACAAGAAAGCUAAUUAAAAGCAUGCAGACUUCAGAAUAUUAAUUAGUGUAUAUAUGGCGUUUAGUUUAUUAAGAUUACUAAUAAAGGCCCAGCGAAUUUUCAAGCAGCAUUCAUUUUAGUAUCAAGGUUAAAAUUUUAGUAGGGCCCUAAUUUUAUUACUCAAGAUAAAUCACAAAUGUUAAGACAUUUUAUUAUGUUGAAGUAAAGCCUUAUUUAAAUUUGGUUCAAGGUAUAUAUUGUGUAAAA